AUCUCGUCACUUGACUUACAUUAACACAACGCAGCUCGUCGUCUCGCAACUCUCGUCAGCCGCUACUCCUGCUCAGUUCUGGCCAGUGAUCGGUGCUAGCUCCCGAGUUACGCCGUUAAGUUCUAUUACAUGGCAGAGUGCGCACUGGACUUAGCCUCCUCUUCUUCCGCUCUCUCUGCUAACUUGCGCAUCUCACCUACCCAAUUCUCUCCUCUCCGACGAUCUCUUGCAUUGACCUCUCCGUCCGUUGCUGGAAAGCCACUUUUCUGCUCCCACCCGCAUCAGAGGAACUCAGUGUUGAGUACAAAUUCCUCGAGAUCUCAGUUCAGAACCAAAUCAUCAAUGGCUGAGACAGUGUCUGGGGAAAGUAAAACGGAAGUGAAAGUGUACGAUUCCGAGGAGGAACUUGCUGUGGCUCUAGCGAAGUACACUGCUGAUUUAUCGGAGAAAUUUUGUAAGGAGAGAGAUGUUUUUACUGUGGUUGUUUCCGGUGGUUCACUUAUCAAGUCUCUCAGGAAAUUGGUGGAGCCACCAUAUAUUGAUUCAAUAGACUGGUCCAAAUGGCACGUUUUCUGGGUGGAUGAGAGAGUGGUUCCAAAGGAUCAUCCUGACAGCAAUUAUUUGCUUGCUUAUGAUGGUUUUCUAUCCAAGAUACCUAUUCCUGCUGAUAAUGUGCAUGCCAUAAGUGAUGCAUUAUCAGCAGAGGCUGCGGCAGAUGAUUACGAGACUUGUCUAAGGCACUUAGUCAAGAGCAAGAUACUUGACAUCUCUGAAGAGAGUGGAUUUCCAAAAUUUGAUGUAAUGCUAUUGGGUAUGGGUCCAGACGGACAUGUAGCUUCCUUGUUUCCCGGGCAUCCUCUUGUCCAUGAGAAAGAGAAGUGGGUCACCUUCAUCAAGGAUUCUCCAAAACCUCCACCGAACAGGAUUACAUUUACAUUCCCUGUAAUAAACUCAUCUGCAAAUAUUGCACUUGCUAUAGUAGGUGCUGGUAAGGCAGAUAUAGUGCAUAAAUCGCUAGGUGAUGAUAAAAGUUCUGAUUUGCUGCCUGUGCAGAUGGUUUCACCCGAAGGAGAAUUAGUUUGGUUUUUAGAUAAGGAUGCAGCUUCGAAGCUGUAAGGAUGAGGAUAUGAGAGCUGCGUAUUUGUGCUUCACUCCUGUGUUUAUUUUAUUACUAGUUUCCGGAACGUGCGUUGCACGUUUGUCCCAUACAAUUAUUAUAAAGUUGAAUUAUUGUAUAGAAAA